UGAGAAAUAAUAAUUAGUGAACUGCGCAGUUUUUAUUAUUGGUUGCGUUGUAGUGCAAGCGCCAUUUUGGUUUCAAACAGUUGUUCGAUUGAAUUAUUGUGCAUAACAUUGCAGUGAAAAUGUCUUAAUUCUUAUUAUUAACGUAAAAUGCCACCUCAUUAUACAUCAACAAUGAAAUAAUAUACUAGCAAUGUAAUGAAAAAUUAAUAGAUCAGAAUAAUCCGUUUUCCGUCCGUUACCGUUGCUUUCUCAAUAUCAUACAACAAAAUGCAGAUCUUUGUGAAGACUUUGACGGGGAAAACCAUCACAUUAGAGGUGGAACCCUCCGACACAAUUGAAAAUGUAAAGGCUAAGAUCCAAGACAAGGAAGGUAUUCCUCCAGACCAGCAGCGAUUGAUCUUUGCCGGAAAGCAACUGGAAGACGGACGCACACUAUCGGACUACAAUAUCCAGAAAGAAUCAACUCUUCACCUUGUACUUCGCCUCAGGGGUGGCAUGCAGAUUUUCGUGAAGACAUUGACUGGCAAAACCAUCACUUUAGAGGUUGAGCCUUCUGACACAAUUGAAAAUGUAAAAGCCAAGAUCCAGGAUAAGGAGGGUAUCCCCCCAGACCAGCAGCGAUUGAUCUUCGCCGGCAAGCAGCUGGAAGAUGGUCGCACUUUGUCCGACUACAACAUCCAGAAAGAAUCUACGCUUCACUUAGUUUUACGUCUGCGUGGUGGCAUGCAAAUUUUUGUCAAAACAUUAACCGGCAAAACUAUCACAUUGGAAGUUGAACCUUCCGAUACUAUUGAAAAUGUAAAAGCUAAAAUUCAAGACAAAGAAGGUAUUCCCCCAGAUCAGCAGCGUUUGAUUUUCGCCGGCAAGCAAUUGGAAGACGGCCGUACGCUUUCGGACUAUAAUAUACAAAAAGAGUCCACACUUCACUUGGUACUGCGUCUCCGUGGUGGCAUGCAAAUAUUUGUGAAAACCUUGACUGGCAAAACCAUCACCCUAGAAGUUGAAGCCUCUGACACAAUUGAAAAUGUUAAAGCCAAGAUACAAGACAAAGAAGGCAUUCCUCCAGACCAGCAGCGAUUGAUCUUCGCUGGCAAGCAGCUUGAAGAUGGUCGUACUUUAUCCGACUACAAUAUCCAGAAAGAAUCCACGCUACACUUGGUACUGCGUCUACGUGGUGGUAUGCAAAUCUUCGUCAAGACACUGACUGGUAAAACUAUUACUCUGGAAGUCGAGCCUUCUGAUACCAUCGAAAAUGUCAAAGCCAAAAUUCAGGACAAAGAAGGAAUUCCUCCGGACCAGCAGCGAUUGAUCUUUGCCGGCAAGCAACUCGAAGAUGGUCGUACUUUAUCUGACUACAACAUCCAAAAAGAAUCUACACUUCACUUGGUACUGCGUUUACGUGGUGGUAUGCAAAUCUUUGUGAAGACCCUAACAGGAAAAACUAUCACCUUGGAAGUCGAAGCCUCUGAUACUAUUGAAAAUGUUAAAGCUAAGAUCCAGGAUAAGGAAGGCAUUCCUCCGGACCAGCAGCGACUUAUAUUUGCUGGUAAACAGCUGGAGGAUGGACGCACCCUUUCUGACUACAACAUUCAGAAAGAGUCCACACUUCAUUUAGUAUUGCGUCUUCGUGGUGGUAUGCAAAUCUUCGUGAAGACCCUUACUGGCAAGACAAUAACCCUAGAAGUUGAGGCUUCCGACACGAUUGAAAAUGUUAAGGCUAAGAUCCAGGAUAAGGAGGGUAUCCCCCCAGACCAGCAGCGAUUGAUCUUCGCCGGUAAGCAACUGGAAGACGGACGCACUUUGUCUGACUACAACAUUCAGAAAGAAUCUACAUUGCAUUUAGUUCUACGUCUUCGUGGUGGUAUGCAAAUCUUUGUGAAGACCCUUACCGGGAAGACAAUAACCCUGGAAGUUGAGGCUUCUGACACAAUUGAAAAUGUCAAGGCUAAGAUCCAGGAUAAAGAGGGUAUUCCUCCCGACCAGCAGCGAUUGAUCUUCGCCGGUAAGCAACUGGAAGACGGACGCACUUUGUCUGACUACAACAUUCAGAAAGAAUCUACAUUGCAUUUAGUUCUACGUCUUCGUGGUGGUAUGCAAAUCUUUGUGAAGACCCUUACCGGGAAGACAAUAACCCUGGAAGUUGAGGCUUCUGACACAAUUGAAAAUGUCAAGGCUAAGAUCCAGGAUAAAGAGGGUAUUCCUCCCGACCAGCAGCGAUUGAUCUUCGCCGGUAAGCAACUGGAAGACGGACGCACUUUGUCUGACUACAACAUUCAGAAAGAAUCUACAUUGCAUUUAGUUCUACGUCUUCGUGGUGGUAUGCAAAUUUUCGUGAAGACCCUUACUGGCAAAACAAUUACUCUGGAAGUUGAAGCCUCUGACACCAUUGAAAAUGUCAAAGCUAAGAUCCAGGAUAAGGAGGGCAUCCCCCCAGACCAGCAGCGACUGAUCUUUGCCGGUAAGCAACUGGAAGACGGACGCACUUUGUCUGACUACAACAUUCAGAAAGAAUCUACGUUGCAUUUAGUGCUACGGCUUCGUGGUGGUAUGCAAAUCUUUGUAAAGACCCUUACUGGCAAAACCAUUACUCUGGAAGUUGAGGCCUCUGAUACCAUUGAGAAUGUCAAGGCUAAGAUCCAGGAUAAAGAAGGCAUCCCUCCAGACCAACAGCGAUUGAUCUUUGCCGGCAAACAACUGGAAGAUGGUCGCACUUUGUCUGAUUACAACAUUCAGAAAGAAUCUACAUUGCAUUUGGUUCUACGUCUUCGCGGUGGUAUGCAAAUCUUCGUGAAGACCCUUACCGGCAAGACAAUAACCCUAGAAGUUGAAGCCUCUGACACCAUUGAAAAUGUCAAGGCUAAGAUCCAGGAUAAAGAGGGCAUUCCCCCAGACCAGCAGCGAUUGAUCUUUGCUGGUAAACAGCUUGAAGAUGGUCGUACUCUUUCUGACUACAACAUCCAGAAAGAGUCCACUCUUCAUUUGGUCUUACGUCUUCGUGGAGGUAUGCAAAUCUUUGUGAAGACCUUAACUGGAAAGACUAUCACUUUAGAAGUCGAACCUUCAGACACAAUCGAAAACGUCAAAGCUAAAAUUCAGGAUAAGGAGGGUAUUCCCCCAGACCAGCAAAGAUUGAUCUUCGCCGGCAAGCAGUUGGAAGAUGGGCGCACAUUAUCUGACUACAACAUUCAAAAAGAGUCUACUUUGCAUUUAGUGUUACGUCUGCGUGGUGGUAUGCAAAUCUUUGUCAAGACAUUGACGGGGAAGACCAUUACCCUAGAGGUUGAGCCCUCUGACACUAUUGAAAAUGUGAAAGCCAAAAUCCAAGACAAGGAAGGCAUUCCGCCAGACCAGCAGAGAUUGAUCUUCGCUGGCAAGCAAUUAGAAGAUGGCCGCACUCUGUCCGACUACAACAUUCAGAAAGAAUCUACAUUGCAUUUAGUUCUUCGUCUUAGAGGUGGUAUGCAAAUUUUUGUUAAGACUUUGACUGGUAAAACAAUAACUUUAGAAGUUGAACCCUCGGAUACAAUUGAAAAUGUAAAAGCUAAAAUCCAAGACAAAGAGGGAAUCCCACCCGACCAGCAGAGGUUGAUUUUUGCUGGUAAGCAGUUGGAAGAUGGGCGCACUCUUUCCGAUUACAAUAUUCAGAAGGAAUCUACGCUUCACUUAGUACUGCGUCUUCGUGGAGGUAUGCAGAUCUUUGUUAAGACCCUGACUGGCAAAACUAUAACAUUAGAAGUUGAAGCUUCCGACACAAUUGAAAAUGUUAAAGCCAAGAUCCAAGACAAAGAAGGCAUCCCUCCAGACCAGCAGAGAUUAAUCUUCGCCGGUAAGCAACUGGAAGAUGGACGCACUCUGUCCGAUUACAAUAUACAGAAGGAAUCUACAUUGCAUUUAGUAUUACGUCUUCGUGGUGGUAUGCAAAUUUUUGUGAAGACCCUGACAGGGAAAACGAUCACCUUAGAAGUGGAAGCCUCAGAUACGAUUGAAAAUGUAAAAGCUAAAAUUCAAGACAAAGAAGGCAUCCCACCUGACCAACAAAGAUUAAUCUUCGCAGGCAAGCAGCUUGAAGACGGACGCACACUCUCUGACUACAACAUUCAAAAAGAAUCUACACUUCAUUUAGUUUUAAGAUUGAGAGGUGGAAUGUAAAAAAAGGCUUCUGAAAUAAAAGACUUAUUCUGAAUGUA